AUGACUAAAGAAUCUCAUAGUGAACUGCGCGCUCUUAUUGAAACCUGCGAUCACCAUGUGGAAGGGCUGAAGUUUCUAAACCAGCCAAUCGAUGGCACUGCUUCGUUGUUCGUGAACAAACUUUUGAUUUCUUGUCUUGAUCCUGAAACCCGCAAGUCAUGGGAACGAACUCUUAAACAUGGUGAUAUACCUGACUUGAAAGUAACAAUGACUUUUCUCAAGGAUCAGUGUCGCGUUUUAAAACGCUGUGAAAGCGAUAGGUUGCAAGCCACAAGACAAACCCAGGAUAAACCUUCACCACCUCUUUCGAAAUUUGCUAACGCAAAGAUUCAUGCGGAAACUACUUUUCCAAAAUCGAACAAUUGUCAGUUUUGCGGUAAAGAGCAUUUAAACUUCCAGUGUACGGAAUUUCCCGACAUGGCGAUUUCCUAUCGAUUACACAGAGUUAAACAAUCUCGAGUUUGCUUCAAGUGCCUCCGUCGUGGGCACCGUUUUACCGAUUGCCCUUCGAAAAGUACGUGCAGUAAAUGUAAAAGACGACACCAAACUUUGCUACAUAUAGAAACGUCUAAUGUGACUGAGAGUACAAAACCUUUGAGUGAGUCUUCGAAUCCAAGCAUACAAAGUCAACCCAAGCCCAACAUACAACCUACUGAAAACUCAAAGAGCGACCAGUCAUAUCAGCGUCAGACAAUUUCGUCAUCCUGUUCGGUAAACGUUGGAAAGGCACAUAUUCCGAAUGUGUUGCUAACAGCUAUAGUUAAUUUGAUUGAUAGUAAGGGUCAAGCUAUCCCUUGUACAUUUCUGGAUUGUGGUGCUCAGACAAAUCUGGUUUCGCACGAAAUGUACCGCAAGUUGAGUUUAGAUGGUGAAUCAGUCAACAUCGAUGUCCUUGGUGUUAGUAAUGCUCGUUUCAAGGCCAAUCGACUCGUUACUUGUAAUUCGCAACAUCUAUAUCUAUAA